CAUGCAGUAUUUAAUGUAAUUUUAAACAUAGUGUCGUUUCAAAUAGUAAAUAACAUUCCAUGAGACAUUUGAAAAUAAGCUUUGAGGUUGACUCAAAAUUCUAUGCUAAACAUGUGAUCCAUAGAUACAUUGAUGACUGCUAGCAUUUCUGUGGAAAUGAAUUUUUUAUUUGUUUGUAACUACUUGGAUUUCCAUUGUUUUAUUUAUAAGAAAAUAAGUGCUAAAAUGCCUGGAAAUCCAUUAUGACAUAUAGGCAUUUUAAUUAUCUCAAACACAUUUUCUCCCUUAAGCUGGUAGCAAAAAAUAAAUUUAAAAAAGCAUCCUUCAGGCUCAUAUUUUUAACCAUGCAACAAGAAAAUUGUUACAGUUUCUGUUCUGAGGAAUACCCUUCAUACUUAGUAUUUAUAAAUAUUUAAAUGUGUGUUAAUCUGGGGAAGACAUAACAGAUAUCAGUGAAGGCUUGUAUGUCAUGGCAGGUAAUUAUUCGAUACCACAAAAAUGUCUCUUGCCCUUAAAACCAGCACACAAGGAUCACCAGAUAGAUGACUGAGUAGAGUAUGGAAAAUGUUUAAUUCUAUUAUUCUUAAACUAUGUAGGACAUAACUUGUUGUGCAUUGGUAACAGAUUGUAGAACAUAAGCUGAAAGAUAAAAUUCUUGACCUUGAUGUCUCAUCUUAAAAAGAGGCAUUGAUUGACAUUCUACAUCUUGUAUUACUUAAAAAUAAUGGGGGAGCACAGCAUAUAUUAAACAAAGAUUGGCUUUGUGGUGAUCAUUGUUGAAGGUGGGUGAUGGCUAUGUGAAGGUUCACUGUGUAAUACUCCCUACUGUGGUAUAAGUUUGAAAUUGUGCAUAAUAAAUUUAUUUAAAACACAAAACAUAUAAAUAUAUCCUAUAAUAUCAUGAUGAGAGCAAAAUUUGGGAAGAAUGUACACCUGCAUUUUCGAAGAAUAUAUACAUUUUGGAGACCGAAUUCAAAAUGAAAAGCUGGACUGCAGUCCCACAUGGAGCCUCUGGGCGCCGCUGUCGGCCAGUGCAGAGCAAGCGCUGACGCCCGGGAUCCUUGUCUCUAGCCAGGAAUCCCCUGCGCAGCCAACAGCAGAGAGAAGAAAACCAGCUCACACACACAGGCUCCCGGCUGCGCAGAACCUGCUCAGCACACCGGAUUCCCAGCCCCGAGACCCGGGACUCCUCCCGUCCUGGGCCGAAUGGUCUUCUAGCGCGGUAGAGUGCACUUUCUCCAACUGGAAAAGCGAGAACCCAGCGAGAAUCCGAGCGAACGAUGGGAGGGAGCUGCGCGCAGAGGCGCCCGGCCGGCCUGCGGAAGGUAUUAUUUCUCUUGCUGCUGCCUUUGUUCUACCCGGCGCUGUGCGAGCCGAUCCGCUACUCGAUUCCGGAGGAGCUGGCCAAGGGCUCGGUGGUGGGGAACCUCGCUAAGGAUCUAGGGCUCAGUGUUCUGGAUGUGUCGGCUCGCAAGCUGCGAGUUAGCGCGGAGAAGCUGCACUUCAGCGUAGACGCGGAGAGCGGGGACUUACUAGUGAAGGACCGAAUAGACCGUGAGCAGAUAUGCAAAGAGAGAAGAAGAUGUGAGCUGCAAUUAGAAGCUGUGGUGGAAAAUCCUUUAAAUAUCUUUCAUAUCAUUGUGGUGAUUGAGGAUGUUAAUGACCACGCCCCUCAGUUUGAUAAAAAGGAAAUACAUUUAGAAAUUAUCGAAUCUGCAUCCGCUGGUGCACGAAUAUCGCUUGACCCUGCCACGGAUCCCGAUAUAAACAUAAACUCAAUUAAAGAUUAUAAGAUAAACCCUAAUCCUUAUUUUUCAUUAAUGGUUAGAGUUAAUUCCGACGGUGGCAAAUACCCAGAGUUAUCUCUGGAGAAACCCCUAGACCGGGAAGAACAGAGAUCUCACAGCUUGAUAUUGACUGCCUUGGAUGGAGGGGACCCGCCAAGAAGUGCCACCACUCACAUAGAAAUUUCUGUCAAGGAUGCCAAUGACAACCCCCCGGUGUUCAGCAAAGAUGAAUAUAGAAUUAGUCUUAGUGAAAAUCUGCCCCCUGGAUCCCCUGUGUUGCAAGUGACAGCAACUGACCAGGAUGAGGGGGUCAAUGCCGAGAUAAACUACUACUUCCGAAGCACUGCCCAGAGCACAAGAAAUAUGUUCUCAUUGGAUGAGAAAACAGGUGUGAUUAAGAAUAAUCAGUCAUUUGAUUUUGAAGAUGUAGAAAGAUACACCAUGGAAGUGGAAGCGAAGGAUGGAGGUGGUCUCUCUACCCAGUGUAAAGUAAUCAUAGAAAUCCUCGAUGAAAACGACAACAGCCCAGAAAUAGUCAUCACUUCUCUCUCUGAUCAGAUUUUGGAGAAUUCCCCUCCAGGAAUGGUUGUUGCCCUCUUCAAAACGCGAGACCUGGAUUUCGGAGGAAAUGGAGAAGUCAGGUGUAAUAUAGAAACAGACAUUCCAUUCAAGAUUUAUUCUUCUUCCAAUAACUACUACAAGCUGGUGACAGAUGGAACGCUGGACAGAGAGCAGACACCAGAAUACAAUGUCACCAUCGUAGCCACUGACAGGGGCAAGCCACCUCUUUCUUCCAGGAGAACCAUCACCUUGUACGUCACUGACGUCAACGACAACGCUCCAGUUUUCGACCAGGCGUCCUACUUGGUUCACGUGGCCGAGAACAACCCGCCAGGAGUCUCCAUCGCGCAAGUGAGCGCCUCUGACCCGGAUUUGGGGCCCAAUGGCCACAUCUCCUACUCUAUCGUGGCGAGUGACCUAGAGCCCUCUGCGCUGUCAUCCUACGUGUCCGUGAGCGCGCAAAGCGGGGUGGUGUUCGCGCAGCGCGCCUUUGAUCACGAGCAGCUGCGCGCCUUCGAGCUCACGCUACAGGCCCGCGACCAUGGCUCUCCAGCGCUCAACGCCAAUGUGAGCCUGCGCGUGUUGGUGGACGACCUCAAUGACAACGCACCGCGGGUGCUGUACCCAGCUCUAGGUCCUGAUGGCUCUGCGUUCUUCGAUAUGGUGCCGCGCGCUGCAGAGCCCGGCUAUCUAGUGACUAAGGUGGUGGCGGUGGACGCUGACUCAGGACACAACGCCUGGUUGUCCUACCAUGUGCUGCAGGCCAGCGAGCCCGGGCUCUUCAGCCUGGGGCU